AAACAAUGGAAAUGAAAUUGAUUGAAUCUCUAUAAUUCUUUUCAUCUAUCAAAUUUCAAUGGGCUAAUGUAUGUAUGACAUCAGCCAUAUAUUUGUUAGAGUUUGUUAAUAUCUACUUUAAAGGGUAAAUAUCGACUUAUCUCGAUAAAGUACUCGUUCUACACUUUGAUAAACAGUUUGCAAACCGUACUUAUCGAUUUAUUAUUAUUUGUGAAUGUGUCUGAUAUUGUAGUUCAACAAUAAAUUUUUAAACCUCUUUUAAUACUUUUCCCUAUAGUUUGUGUACUAUUUACAAGGACACUACAUUAUGAAUAACUAUGAUGUAGUAGUUAGUUAGAAAUGCUGUGCAACUCUCUUUUCAACUUAAGUUGCGUCUUUUCAAUUAUAGUGUUUAUCAUAUCUGUCAUAUAAACAAUUUUUCCUUUCAGAUAGCAUGGAUAGUAAAUAUUAAACGUUUUGCAUAGAUAUUUAAUGGAGUAUAGUAUGCGUUAAACUUGUUUUUUCUCUAUACAGUUUCUGAUUGGUUCGCAGCAACACAGUUUCAACAAAAUUGUCGACUUGACUUACAAGUCCCCAUCACUUCACUUUUAGAACGUUUCUGUCUUAAUUUGAGAUACUCAAUAGUGCAUUCAAAAGAAAUUAUGAAGCUCUCCAUUGAUAGUAUAGUAUGAUCUUUACAUUGUCUCAUGAACUGACCGCAAAUGGGAUUGUUGAAUACUAUUUUUUUUAAUACAUUAGUUCAAACAUAUAGUGCUUCCUGUGUGGGACCUGAAGGUCCUAGUCAAACUCCUGCAUGGGUGAUGUACGCUCAUAGUAGAAAUUAAAAAAAAUCAACUGUAUUGCAUGUUUCACAAUUAUUCUUGAUUUCAGUCUUUGAUGAAAUCCAUUCCAUGAAAUUUAAGUUUUUUUAACGAGUAUAUAUUAUGACAUGUAACACUAGUUUGUUUUGUUUUACAUCUUAUGUCAUCAAUCCAUAAUUAUAUUUUUCAAAUAAUCUACAACGUGUAAACAAGUCAGUAUUUGUUUAUAAGUUAUUACAACUGUGUUAGUUUUGAUUUAUGUUAUUUUUGAAUAAUGACAUUUAAUUUUAUCCUUAUUGACGCUAUUUGUAACAGUCAUAAGAUUUGUGUUUAUAUAUACAUAUGCAUAUGCUUUGUCAAGCACGUGUAUAUUAAUAUAGUGAAUUAUCGUAUUUAUUAUUCAUAUUACUCAUAAUCUAGUAUAUAUGGGUUGUGGCUAUUACAGAAAACUAUGAUACGCGUUUCAUUCUAUUUGAGACUGGUCAGCCAGUUGUACCUAUAUCCCUGUGUUGAUGUUAGCUCCUGGACUCCAACUCAGUGUCUCUCGUUUCAAAGAGUUACUGGUUCCAAAAAUUCACUCACGUAUUCAAUGGGUAUGAUGUUUAUAUCAUAAUAGUUUAAGGUAUCCCUUUGUUAAUAUUGGGGAGUGAAUUCCGAUCCAAUCCCAAACAACGGGAUAACUCAAAUUCUUUCUGAUAAUAAUAAUGCGGAAGUUACACCUGUUUAAAACAUUAUUGGGUAUCUAAAUUCGGUAGCUGACUGCUUUAUGGGUUUGGUGUAUAAAUCAAAAGGUACGGAGUGCGAGUCCUAGUGUGAAUAUUAGCAAUAGUGUGCAGGUACAUCCAGCUGACAAGUCCCAAACAGGUCAAAAGACGCAUCUUGAUUUCCAAUGCUAGCCAUGAUCUAUCUAGUCUUAAUGACGUGAGAUAAUGGCGGUAUCGAAAUAUAAACAACGGGAGAGAACAAACCAGCUUCCAUAUGAAGAGAAAAUGAGAAAAAGACGAUGGAAAUGGAUAGGUCAUAUAUUAUGGAAAUCACCAAGCUGUAUCACGAGGCAAGCCCUAGCUUGGAAUCCUGAAGGGAAGCGGAAAAGCGAAAGGUCAAAGAACACAUUACGUCAGGAAAUAGAAGCAGAUGUAAAAAGGAUGAAUAACAACUGGAAAGGAUUUCCCAGGCAGGGUUGGAUGGAGAGUGUGGGUGGGUGGCCUAUGCUCCUCCACGAGGUGUAACAGGCUCAUUAACUCCAUCCUACCGAACGAAAUUGGAACAAUUUCGACGUAUUUUUCGUGAUACUCCUGUUGAUACUGAACGACUACUUGUAGAUUAUUCAUGUGCUUUAUCCAAGAAUAAUAAUGGUCUAUUACUGCAAGGUCGAAUGUACAUUACUGAAACAUGGGUGUGCUUUUACUCAAAAAUUCUAUACGAACAGAAAAUAUUUUUGGCCGUCAAUGAGAUCGUUGCAAUUACCAAAGAGAAAACCGCUCGUGUUAUACCAAAUGCAAUCCAAAUUUUAUAUUCUAAAAAUCAUGAACGAUUUUUCUUCACAUCAUUCGCUUCCAGAGAACGAUCUUAUGCAAUAUUACGCAAAGUUUGGGAAAAUUGUCGUAAUCAUCAGACGAUGAGUAUUGACGAAAUAUUACAACAAAUACGUGAUAUGUAUGGUGAUUAUAGUUUAGCUAUGGUUGAAGAUGAAGAAGAUACAGAUGGUGAUGCUGAAUUAGUGCCGACUACUUUUCCUCAUAUGCCGCGAACUUUAUCCGAUUCAUCUCUGUCUUCACAACUCACUGGUCGAUCGAAGUCGGCUUCACUUGAAGAUGUGUGCCAUUCGGAUCAACCAGUUAAUCUCGAUCGCUCUUCUAAAUGUUCCGUACUAGGAACUACGGAUGAUGAAUUAAAAGUUGUAUCCGAUGCUGAUAUUCCUUUUAAACGUGUUCCAUCCUUUUCAGAUCCGAGUCACUUCAGUACAAUUGGGGAUGAACCACAGUCUCAACAACUAAACACUAUCAAACGUUGUCCUACCCCUGAAGUUAAAUGUCAUUUAACAUCAGGAACUACACCUAAUGAAGUUAUGUCAGAUAGCUUUCAAGUGCCUCAUAAAUCUGUAAAAGAGAAAAAGAAACGUACGCGAAAAAAGCGUCUCGGAUCUCACCAUCAUGAUGAAGUAUCUAGUUCAAAACUAAUGCAACUUAAUUACUUGAAUACUCAGGACCCGUCACUUCCAGAUACAUCUGUAGUAAGCUCUACGGAACCUCCUAUCACAUGUGGUCCAGGUCACGAUCAUCCAGGUAGAGUGUAUACAAACACUGACAUUCCAUUGAAUGUUAACGCCUUAUUUCAAUGUAUUUUCACGGAUUCGGAAUUCUUCUCUCGAUUCAGUGAACAUCGUGGUACAUUUGGAAUGAUUCAAUCUCCAUGGCCAAUAUUUAAGUGGUCUAGUCCCUCAGAAUGUUUAAAUCAGUUAGAAACUUCUAGUAAAAUUGAAAGAACUAUUACCUAUACACUAACGUUAAAACAGAAACUCGGUCCAAGAACAUGCACGGCAGUAGAACAACAGACUCUUCUCUCAAGUGAAUCCAUAUCUGGGAAAAGAUAUAUCAUUGAUGCUAAAGUUACAAAUCAUGCUGUACCACUAAGUAAUUGUUUCUAUGUAGUUAGUCGUUAUUGUUUAUUGUAUGUAAAUCGUACAACUAGCCGACUACACGUUAGUUCACAAGUUAUUUAUGAGAAACCAGUGUUUUUUGGAGCAAAAAGUAUCAUAGAAAAUACUUGUCAUUCUGGUCUUUCGGAUUUCUUUGAUACAAUAACUAUUAAAUUAAAAGAAUUCUCUACAAAUUUAUCCUUAGAAGAACGUCUAACCGGUGGUUGGUUAGCACAACAGAGAGGAUGCUUAAACAAUAUUACUCCUUCGUUAAAUCCAUCAAAUAUUCAAAAUAAUCCACUAUUAAUUCAAAGUGUUAAUGGUAAUCAGAAUAAUCGUAAACUUAAUAAAGCUGAUGCAUUGUUUACAGGGAGUGUAAACAGUAGUAAAGUCCCUGCAUCACGAUAUUCUGAUCAAGCGAAAUCAUCUAUAUUCAACAGCUGUAUAAAUGAUAAUACAAAUGUUAAAAAACAAAAUAAAACUACACUAUUCGGGUCUGGUGAUAUGACUUACUUAUUUAUGCGUCCAGAUCGUGCUUGGUUAUUACUAGUUGUUAUAGGUUUAUUACUUUGCUUAUUCUUAUCAAUGGUAUAUAAUCGGCUAGUAGUUUUAGAAAAACUAGCGGAACAAUUUCCUCCUUUAUCAGCUCAUGAUCGGAAUCAUUUUCAUGAUCUAUUUGGAACAUCACCACAAGAAGAUCGAAGAUCUACACCAAUUUACAAGGAUCAUUUAGCUUCAAAAUCACCUGAAUGGGCAAGAACACGAUUAAAAGUGAUGAAAGAUCUCAUACACCUGUUAUCUAAAACACUUAUACAGAUGCAACAGACAUUAACUCAAGUACAACAGGGUAUAGAACUUCUAGAAUUCCCACCAUCUAACUUGGAGGAUAAUAUCAAAACAAGUAUGAAUGUGAAGACUCCGACAAAUACAGAUACGAAUUGUCCAGAUACUCAAACUAAACAUGUACCUUAAUGAUUAUCAUCACCAGGCAAUUUUGAAUGUAUCUUUUAUUUUUCUUACUUAUAAGCUAACUAACUAGUCAGUACUAUGUUUAUUAAUUGCUGAAUGUAAGAUAAUCAGUCAAUACUUCAGUUGAUUUAUCAUACAAUUACCAGAAAAUAUUGAUGUUUUUUAACUUUUUGGAACUGUGAUAAUUUACGUUGUUUACAUGUUAAUAAUGGUUAACCUACUGUAUUGUUUUGUAUUAUUUCGCUAUUGGUCUUUUCUUCAUUCCAGUGAGCGAAUUCGUUUCUAUGUAAGGGUAUAUUAUAUUCCUUAUCAGAAAAUGGACACACUACUAAUAUUACUUAACAUUUAUUAUUAAAUCCACACUUUGUUCAAUUUGCCCUUCACUUUUCCUAGAUUUAUUAUCAAUUCUCAUUACACUGGGCUCUUUCUUUCUUUCUUUCUUUCUUUCUACACUCAUGAUAAUUAUGUUGAUCUUUUCAUCUCAACAAAAAAUACUAUUUUUAAGUUGAUU